GUGAGGCGAAACGUUGGGCUCCGCGCGGGAGUCUCGUGGCCGCCCGCCUUUUCUUUUAAGUCGGGGUGCCUUUUUCCUUACACCCACCCCCCGCCCCUCUUUUCGUCGCCCUUACGGUUCUACGGGCCCGUCGUCGCUCUCUUUUCAAGGCACGAGGAUACACCUCGCCGAAAGAUUUCGUCGUCGCGAUUCGCUUCGCGCACGGUGAUAUCUUCGACACACGGAUGAUCAGACCGCACGGAUACGCACAGAAGGGGAGAUAUCCCAGGAAAGGGAAACGGGGAGACGGAAACGUAGAGAAGGGGUUAGCGAUUCUUGAGACAGGACUGUGCUUGCGGGGAUACCGUGGACGCGGGUUCGCUGCGGUGAAUCGUAGCAGGAGCACCGGUGCGUGACCUCCGGCUCUGGCCACAUGACACCGUGUCCGGGUGCGUGCACAGGAUCCUGCCACCUUUUCUCCGCCAGGAAGAGAGGACAUCGUAGUGCUGUUCCUUUGCUAAUCGCUGAUUUACCCUGGUGACUGUUCGUGGUAGCAAACGUUCCCGACAUAGCAAUUCGCGUUUGGUGUUUGUUCGAUGACCGAAACGGACAGAGACAGGGGGUGCAACGUGAUUCGGCACCGCGUCACCAAUGUCAAUGCUAGCGGUUCUCGAAAGACGGUCACGGUGAAAUCGCUCGUAUAUUUACGUCCGUGUGUCGCACUUGGCUCAGCGAACGCGGGUCGAGAGGGAGAGAGAUAACAAGGAGGAAAACAAGGAGCGCAAGGAAGCAGUUGGAUGGGCGGGGAACAGUGGGAUCUCGUUUAGUCGUGUCCGCGGAAUCGUCGGGAUCGAAGGCCCGGAUCGGAUCGGAUCGUGGGAGGAUCGAAACGGUUCGAUUUCUCGAAAGGAGAGGUAGCCGCAUGUGCUUGUCUUUGCCUGCGACCUCUCUCACGCACCGCCAAUGCGGCUGAGAUCGCGCGAUCUCAUUGGCUGCAAUCGUGCCGUGGUGUCGGCGAUGGGUACGUCCAAGUUCGAUGCUCGUGUUUGACCGAGGGGUACGCGUGCGAUUUCCUUCCGUUCACGAGUUAUCGUUGCCUUUCUCGUUCUCCUUCCCCUCGCUCGGACUUCUUACUUUUUAGCCCUCGCUUCGUUCGUUUCUAAAUCUUCGCCGGCCGCUGCUUCUUCUCCUCCCUCGACAUUCUCCUGCGAGUUUAACGUCUUCUCUGCUUUUGUCCCAAAGUAUUCUCGACGAGUUCCACCGCGAACGAUUACAAUAUUCUUUUAUUCGUCCUGUUCGAUGUUGCGUGUGAUAACGCGUAUGAGAGUGAUUUCUCUGUAGGAAUUAUUCCUCCGAUAGUGAUCGAGUGCUCGGAGCAAAGGGACACGAUUCUCUGUGAACGUUUCAAGACAAAUUGGACAUCGUUAUUCGUGAAGUUAUCUCGCUCUGCGUCGAACUAACGUUGAGUAUCGUCGACCUGUCGACUGUGAAACUCUGUUUCGUUCUUAGAAAUCGCAAACCUUCGACGCGGCUGUUCUCUCUCCAGUGCAAGGUUCCCUUUGAGAUCAGUGAAUUUUUUUGCUACGUGAACUUUUCAACGGAUUACGAGCGAGCGAAACUGUCUCGUGUGAGGAAAUAACGGGGCAAGGCAAAGCAAGGUGUAAUCAAGGUCGUUGAUUCCAGGCUUUCUACAUGCGAGCGGUUCUUUUCGGGGCACUACCGGCAAGUUUUUCGAGCCACGCGAACCGAUGGUUCUCCUCCGACAAUUUCCACGCGACCCACGAUUCCAUGCUUAUACACGUGUAUAUCCCUCUUUCGCAAUCGAUACACCGCGAUGGCUAUUUACCAAGCGUUAAACCGCGUCGUGUAUCAUUUAUGUCUACGGCGCAGUCGUUUACUUUUUCGCCCCGACGUCGUUUCCGUAUAUUUUAUCCAUCCAAAAAGUACGAGACCGUGAACGAAACGGGCAAUCAUGAGGCAAAAUGAAAUUCUUAUAGAAUCUUUACUAUCCACGACCAAUAACGUUGGCCAAGGUUCCAUACGUGUAUACGUAUAUCAUAUACUUUUAUGGUUGCUUCCUCAUUGCUGCACACCUUAUUUAGUUACCCUUAAAAAAGCCAGUUCUGUAACCGGCCUCUCUUCUUUAUAUUGAUACGGUGAAGUAAGUAAAGUGAAGUUAAUAGCGAGUUUAAUCGUGCUUAUUUAGAAGCUUUCGACGAGCAAAACCAUAAGAGUGCAACCUAUAAAACAGCCUUCACUUGGCUUUCCUCUGCUCAACCAAAUGGUCUUAAUUCAUUAAUUUGCUCUGUUUGCUGUUAAAAGACCGGGUAUUAAUUAAAUUCAUCACUUUUUAUUAACUCCAGGCAAUCAGAGAUUCGAUUCGUAUCGGUUGUUGCGAGAGAUUUCAUUGGGACCAAUUAAAAUUUUAUACGAAGUCGUUUUCAACUGACACGUGAUAAGGUUUUUCAUUUAGCAUCUCUCCUACGCGGUCUUUCUACAUUUCUCUCUCUCUUUUUUCGCCUGUAGACAACGUUAGAAUUCGACCUGUAGCGUCCCUGUCAGCGAUGCCAAACCACGUUCCCUCGUAAAGGCAAGAAUUACUCGCCGUAUAAACUGUUGGUAGAUUCAGUUUCCCGAAGAGAUUGUUAGCUCAAUUCCACUAACUAUAAAAACAGAGUUUUACGGUCGUCAUUUACGCAUGCGGGUUGAUUUACUUCGUAUCAGUGACUUUGGGGUCCGAGGUCCGCAUUAGUCAGUUUCGCUUUCGCGCCGGCCGCGUAAACAUCCUCGCGGUCAUUGCUUGUGCACACCGUCGUGUGGUGACCGGCCACCCGCUGGUUCUUUUCGGUCUCUGGUUCGACCAUAAACGGCUUCUCUCUCCUUUCUUACAACCGCGAGUCCAAGGAACAUCCGCGCGUGUUCGCGGAUACACGAAGUACAACAGAAUAGCGCAGAUCGAACGUAGUUCGCGAGAUAGGGUGCGUAAAAACGGGACGUCCGGACGUAGAACGUCGAUUAUUCGAUCAUCGUUCAAAGGGGAAAUUGUGCUAAAAAUUGACUGUCGAACAUAUGUCGUGUUUGAAUUACGCAUCACUUUGUGUACGAAUCCUUCGAACUCGCCCCUACUUGUUGUCUCCUCCGAUUCUCCAAGGGCGAACGUUCGUGACACUGUCUAUCGGGACGGAUCUUUUAAUUAGUUCGGAUAAUCGACGUUCGGUUAUCAUUAUGACGAAUUUCGCAGAUGGCAGUGGACCGGGCGUGACGGGGAAGGGACGACGUCACAGUUAAUCGGCAUUAAAUUUGCGCGGAAAUGUCGAUCGGGGUCGAGAGGCGGAGGAAGGUCGAAAUCGAGCUCGUGCGUGGCUACGUGCCUUCAUCGUGGGGAACAACGACCGUGCGCUGCUGGCUUCAAGCCAACGCGAGCCUAGUUAAAGGGUGAACGUGAUAACCAGGUGGAAAAGUGGGGGUGGUGGACCGGUGAGGAAGGAAGGAAGGCAUAAAGGAAGGAAGGAAACUCGCGUGGUGACGAAGAAGACGUUCAAAUUAUACCCUCGUGUUGUUUGUUUUGUUUAUUAUUUUUUUCCUUUCGUUCACGUUCUUGUGCGUGCGGUGACAAGAUGCGCUCGCGACGCCGCGACGGUGGCUGAACGACGGAGAAGCCGAGUGGCUCGUACAACAGCCCCUCGAUUCCACCAGCCAACUCUUCUUUUCCAUUUCGUCUCGCCCCGGCCACGAAAAAAGUGCACCGCGGAGUGCUCUUCCUCGCUUCCUCGCUUAUCUCCUCGGUCGCUCCGAUCUGCCACGCGAAACAGGCAAAGACCAUCGCGGAGAGGGCGAGAAAAACGUGAGGCGACACGGAGUCACGAAAAACCGUACGACUCUCGAAGGCGGAGAGGUGGAAGAGAGGAGAAAGGAACAAACCGAAGCCGAGAGCCAGCAAGUGGAAGAAGAGAAGAAAAGGAACAGAGGAACGCGGAAGGGAAACGAGGAGGAAAAUCAUUCGGAAUUGAGUGAACGACCGAUAGAAAGAGGUUGCGGGGCCGAAAAAGCCUUGUGAAGAAACUAAGGAUUAGAUGGUGGAGGUGCUCGAGAGGCGGGCUAGGGAGCCUACGGGGCCGAUCAAGGCACCUCGCACCUACCCAGGGCCAGGUAGCCCUGUCAAUCACGCUCACCGCACCAGGGUGUUGCACUCGCGAGCGGUCGCAUGGCUGCGUCUCUCUCCGGUUCUUCUCGACGAUGAUCUCUUAAUUGGGAAGCUGCUCCUUCUUUUGACCGAAUCAAACUUGCUGCUGCCGGUCGAGGGUAUCGAGGCGGAGGACAUUGCGAAGAAUCAGUUGUUCGGUUCGGGAAGGUUGGAGAACGCGGUUCUGGUGAACGGGACCACGGACGGAGCCGAUCGUAAACGGAAUCGGCACGCUCGAGAACGCGGCGGUCGCGAGCGCGUCGAAGCGAGCAGAGUUAAUUGCGAAGGGGAUCGGUCACGGUUUGAGAAGGAGCGCGUCACGAACACGAAGACGAGUGGUGCGGGAGAUAAAAAGUGGUGCCGGGAUAAAGUGGUGCUGCAGAAGCGGGGAGUGGUUCCGGCGAGGCUAGAGUUUUGGUUGGAGCCCGGGCAGGGCUCCCUUCGAAAGAGCGAGACUGGCGAGCGCAAUGUGGCAAAGCGGCGGCAUGGGCGCCCAUGCGGCCAACAAUCCAUGGAUGAAAUUAAUGGGCAUUGUCCACAAGGAGAGGAGGCAUCACGACACGGGUGCCGCCGCUUCCGGUGUUCAGGGCUCUGGGGCUGCUGGCAGCAACGAACGGGUGCUCAAUCAAUCGCUGCCGAAGCUCAGCAGCCAGGACGAGGAUGGGCCGAACCCCCACACCCAAUAUACAGGCGUCACACAGUUCGAGCCCAUACCGCACGAUCAUGACUUUUGCGAGAGGGUCGUCAUUAACGUGAGCGGGUUACGGUUUGAGACGCAGCUGCGUACGCUGAACCAAUUUCCGGACACGCUCCUUGGCGAUCCGAACCGGCGGAUCCGAUACUUCGAUCCGCUUCGCAACGAGUACUUCUUCGAUCGGAAUCGGCCCUCCUUCGACGCGAUACUUUAUUACUACCAGAGCGGUGGCAGGCUACGUCGCCCGGUCAACGUUCCUCUCGAUGUCUUCUCCGAGGAGAUCAAGUUCUACGAGCUGGGCGAGCUGGCCACCAACAAAUUCAGGGAGGACGAAGGGUUCAUCAAGGAGGAGGAGAAGCCGCUGCCGUCGCACGAGUUCCAAAGGAAGGUCUGGCUGCUGUUCGAGUACCCGGAGAGCUCGCAGGGCGCCAGGGUGGUCGCGAUAAUAUCCGUGAUCGUGAUCCUCCUCUCGAUCGUGAUAUUCUGUCUGGAGACUCUGCCGGAGUUCAAACACUACAAGGUCUUCAACACGACGACGAACGGCACGAAGAUCGAGGAGGACGAAGUGCCGGACAUUACGGACCCGUUCUUCCUAAUAGAGACUAUUUGUAUCAUCUGGUUCACGUUCGAGUUAUCGGUGCGCUUCCUCGCCUGUCCAAAUAAACUGAACUUCUUCCGUGACGUAAUGAACUUCAUCGACAUCAUCGCGAUCAUUCCCUACUUCAUCACCCUCGGCACCGUGAUGGCCGAGGAUAAGGGGGUCAUCGACGAACCGAAGGCGCCGGUAAGCCCGCAGGACAAGAGCACCAACCAGGCGAUGUCCCUGGCGAUACUCAGGGUAAUAAGGCUCGUAAGGGUGUUCCGGAUAUUCAAGCUGUCCAGGCACAGUAAAGGCCUUCAGAUCCUCGGCCGUACGCUCAAGGCCUCCAUGAGGGAGCUCGGCUUGCUCAUCUUUUUCCUUUUCAUCGGUGUGGUGCUAUUCUCAUCGGCGGUAUACUUCGCGGAGGCCGGCUCCGAGAAUUCGUUCUUCAAGUCCAUUCCGGACGCGUUCUGGUGGGCCGUUGUCACGAUGACGACCGUGGGCUAUGGUGACAUGACGCCCGUGGGAGUUUGGGGAAAGAUCGUGGGCUCAUUGUGUGCGAUCGCCGGUGUACUGACGAUCGCUCUUCCUGUCCCGGUCAUCGUCUCCAAUUUCAACUACUUCUAUCAUCGUGAGACUGACCAGGAAGAGAUGCAGUCGCAGAACUUCAAUCAUGUGACCAGCUGCCCGUAUCUCCCUGGUCAACAUUUGAAGAAGAGUUCGAUGUCGGAAUCGUCGUCGGACAUUAUGGAGUUGGAGGAGGGCAUAUUGCUCACGCAUCCUGAGAUCACGAAGAAGCCCAACUGCAACCCUCGCCAUAAUAACAAUAUUAAUCCAGCCUGUAUGAGCAUCGAGACUGACGUCUGACUACUAGUGAAGGAGACGGUGGCAACGUGUUGGCCAAUGGUGGAACAGCUGUUGAGGAACAGCUGCGGCUGCUUACUGUGCCUGGCGUAGACCUCCUUCACACGUGGUCGUGGUCGCGCUAACCAGCGAUUACUUAUAGCACGUGUGCACCCGCGCGUACGCGCGCGCGCUCGCCGUUCGGAUAUAUCCGCGCGCGCGCCUCACCGCGUCGUCUGUCCAUACACCUAGUUCUGUCAAUACGAGGGGUGCUUCCAAAAUCCAUUAACAAUCGCGAGAACGAGUGGGGAAUUAAACUUCAACGACCAAGAAUCGGCUGACUAAUAGAGAAAAAAAA